AUGGAUAACAUGGCUUCUCUCAAAGAUACUCUUACCGCCUCUGGAGGCGCGGAAUCUGCCGGAUUCCUCAACGACAUCAUCGCCCAGCUAUGGCCGAACAUCAAUGUCGCAGGCGGCAAGAUAAUCAAAGAUGUCGUCGAGCCCAUGCUUGACCAGAUGCUGCCAGGUCCUCUCGCGAACCUCCGCUUCGUCAAGCUGGACUUUGGACCUACACCCAUCAGAUUCUCUAAUGUUGACGUGCACAAGACCGAACUCGAGGGCAUCAAACUUGAUAUGGACUUGGAUUGGGAUGGCAAGUGCGAUUUCGAGCUUGACGCGUCAAUGGUGCCCAAGAUUAUCGGAGCUGCUCAGGUGGCUUUUAUUAACCCCCCCGAGCUAUCCCUCGAUUUCACCGACGCCGCCAACAUCGCCGAUUUCUCCCUCAUCGACAAGACCGUCCGCAAGGUCAUUCUCAACAUCAUCUCAUCCAUGGCCGUCCUUCCCAACCGCUUCCUCGUCAAACUCGAUUCCUCCAACGACUACUUCAAGACCUUCCAACCCCACCACGGCGUUCUUCGCCUCACCAUUGAUAACGCCACUGAGAUUACUGGCGAAAAGAAGAGCGGCGCCAAGAGACUGCUCCAGAAGCUCGUCAAGGAUAUCCCCGACUGCUACUGUGAUGUCAACGUCGGUGCUGAGGGAGAGUGGCGAACUUCGACUAUUAAGAAUAAACACGACCCCCAAUGGAACGAGACUCACGACUUCCUUGUUACAGAUUACGAGCAGCGUAUUACCAUCGAUGUGAACGAUGAAGAUCUUGGUGGAGAUGACGAUAUUGGUAUUGCUACAACCACCGUCAAGCAGCUUCUCUUGAACGGCGGUAGCCAAACCCUCACCCUUACUCACAAGGGCCAGCCCCUUGAUACCAAGGUGACCAUCCACGGCAAGUUCUUCAACUUUGUCGGUGAAUCCAACAGCAUCUCUGCCAGCAGCCAAAAUGAGGGCGAGAUCUGCGGUCUUGCCACCGUCCUCAUCGCCAGCGUUAAUGGUCUAAACGGCCAACGCGACGAGCUCAAGCCCAGCGUGAAGGUAACCUGGGGCGACAAGGAAUUUGUCACUCCCGUCAAGAGCUACAGUCCUGGAACGGAUAUCUUCAACCCAUCUUUCGACACGGCAUUCCGAUUCCCUAUCACCGCGGAACAGCUUUCGAACCCGCACAGCUUCAAGCUUAGCUUGCAGAAUGGUACCAGCGAUCAGGGAUCAGUGGAUAUUCCUUUUGAUAGUGUGACGGGCGCUGAUGGUAUGAACCGUGAGGAAGAGUUUGAUGUUGGAUCUGGUGCUACUAUUCGAGCUCGAUUUUCUAUCCGAGGACUGCAGCUCGCUGAAUAA